AUGGAUUUCGAUGAAAGUUUAGCAAAAACGCCGUAUAUUUUCCAGAUAGCAAACAGAGCUGGGGCAUCACGGAGUAAGACUGAGAAAGUCCAGAAAGCACAGCAGCUUUGCGCUGAAUAUGCCAAAAACGGUUCGGAAAACCAAGCAACGAGUUCCAUAAGACCCCAAAAUACCCUCAACACUCCGAGUCGAAAACCAUUCCGCUACACCAAACACAAUAUACCAACACAAUUCCCGAGCAUUACUGAAUCAGGAUUCAAAACACGGAUCCGGUUGCAGUAUCCCGAUAGCGUUUCCGUAUUUUAUUUACGAGCUUCCAGAUACGGCUCAUAUCCAAUGUUUUCCGGUCCAGUGGAGAGUAGCCGAAGUCCGGCGUCUCAAACCUUGCACGUAUUACAAAUGUGA